AGUCGGUUUAAGGCAGAGAAAUGGAGAAUUUUGAAAUAAUUCUAAAGAAAAGUGAUAAUAGCCUCGGUUUCUCGCUCCUCGGAAGUGCCGCCGGUCUGCCACACGUUAUCUAUGAUAUUGUGGAAAAUUCUCCUGCCGCGGAAAGCGGUGAGGUGGAAGCUGGCGAUGUAAUUGUUAAAGUGAAUGGCACCGAUGUACAUCGAUUCACAACUAAGGAAGUACUGAAAUGCUUGAGAUUGUCCCAAGAUCCAGUGACACUGGAGCUCAGGAGAGAUCCCAACGUGAAAGCCCACGUGCGGAAAUAUCUGGAGCAAACUAGCAAUUUGCACUCAGAUGCUGAUAUUCGGCCAUUCAGUCUCAAUGACAGUGCUGUGUCACCCAAGGCAUCGGCAGCCAGCAGCAGAGUGCUCCACAGUCCGGCCUAUCGGGGACCGCCAUCGGAGGCGAUGGUCAGUCGUCCAUCGAGGAUACCGCAGAUUGUCCGCGGCCAGACGGUGCCUCCUGUCACCACGUCUCACGCGCAGCCGACGAAGAGUGCGCCGCAGUCGCCGCACGGGGUGAAGGGCAGGAAUGCCGGUCACAUGCCCGCGUCGAAUGGCACGAACAACAACAACAACAGCCAGGUGCAGCCCAACAAGGCGAGAUUUGAGGCGUACAUGAUGACUGGUGACUUGAUUCUGAAUCUAUCGCGGACGCCACAGAGUUCUGGACUGAUCACAUCACAUGCCAAGAAGGUGGACAGUCUGCGGGAUUCACCGUCACGGAUAAGUCGUCGGAAUGGUGGAAUGGCGCCACAGGCCAAGUACGAUUCCUCCCCGUCUUCGCCGACCUACUCAACGGAUGACUUCAGUGGUGAUUCAAACAAUUCCAAUAAGGUUCUCAUUGAGAAGGACAACAAUUCCAUAAUAGAUAGCAUUGAGACGAAGGCAUCUCAGCACAGUGGGGCUAUAAAUAGUGUGCAGCAGAAGAGUAAAAGUGCGAGAGGAAGUGGUGUGGUGAUGUGCAACAGUACGGCUAAUGACAGUGUUCACAGUCAAGACAAUGUGGCGAAGAGUUCUGCGAUUGACGGUGCGACGGACAAUAGGCAGUGGAUGCAGGAUGCCACACAGGCUGGUGAUAGUGUGGAUUGUGCCAGUCAGCGGGCCUGUGGCUCGGGUCAAAUGCGAAAGCAGCCAAAAGAAUCCCAUCUUCCAGUCUCCUCCAAAUCUUCCUCCUCCUCCACGGUGAAGAGUGAUGCCGUGAGUUCUCCCGAUGUGUGUUUCUCAGUGCCUACAUCACCGAUAUCAAUGUCUACGCCUGUGCUGGAGGAUCUGCCGGCGCUGAAGAAGCGCGACUCCGCCAAUUCCGUGCCCACGAGCCCAGAGUCCGCUGGUCAGCCGGAAACGAAGCUGCGACGUACGAAUAAUACCCACAACGGUGUUGUGCGGAAGUGCGAUGCGGCUGGAUUCAGGACGAGUCGCUCAGAAGAUCACCUGCAACAGAGUCAGCGUGAUGGAUUGAGUGCAGUGAUCCCAAUUGACAUCGAUGAGGAUGUCAACAGUUCGCUCAAUACACUCCUGGACACGCGGCAUGACUCUGAGGAUAGUCAGAGUUCGGAUCGCGACAGGAUUGUGUGGACGUACAAUGCGCCAAUUGUUCAGCAGAUCUCUACCCACUCAUCAACAUCACACUCCAGCUCCAUCAGUUCAUCGCCACAGCACAGCAACAGUCCCGCUUCGCCCACGUCCGUUUCCAGCUCUGUUAUGUCGUCGAAUUCCAGCUCCAAGGGUGAGAAGAAUCCACUGAGCGGCCGAGUGGAUCAGCAUCAGAACCUGAUGGGACCGCCAAAUGGUGAUCACAGUGUGUCUGAGGCGGUGUCGAACAUCUCGAGCCCUGAUUAUCAGGAUGAGGAUAAUCUACUGAGCUCGAAGGACAUGGCAGCGAUGGCGAUCAGUGAUCCAAGUGACUCUGACUCCACAAUUCUCGUCUCGGAUACAGUGCACAGGAUACAGGACAAGGAUAACAAGAUCACUAUUCAUCUGAGGCAGCAAAACAGUCAAUUCGUUCAGCAUGGGUAUUCGGAGUUGAAGAACUCAGAAGAUGAACUUGCCACGCUCAUGGAGGAUCCGCCAACUCUGAUGAUCGAUUCUUCCGGACAGCAGGAUGGAAAGGAAUCCUCACCACCUGUUUCUGACGAUGGCAGUGAUGUGGAUUCCCUGCACUCUUAUCACUAUUCACCGAAGGCUGUUGACAUGCCAUCUGCGGUUCGACUGGCUAAGCGUCUCUAUGGUCUGGAUGGCUUCAAAAAGAGUGAUGUUUCUAGACAUUUAAGCAAAAACAAUGACUUCACGCGAGCUGUUGCUGAUGAAUACUUGAAGUACUUCAACUUUGAGCGAUUGAGUCUGGACGAGGCUCUGCGGCAAUUUCUUCAGCAAUUCUCGCUGUCGGGUGAAACGCAAGAGAGGGAGCGAGUAUUAGUGCAUUUCUCCAAAAGAUAUCUAGACUGCAAUCCAGGAACUUUUAAUUCUCAAGACGCCGUUCAUACGCUUACAUGUGCUAUAAUGUUACUUAAUACCGACUUACACGGUCAGAAUAUUGGGCGGAAGAUGACUUGUUCGGAGUUUAUCGAUAAUCUGUCUGAGUUGAAUGAUGGAGAGAACUUCCCGAAGGAUAUUUUAAAAUAUCUCUAUCAGGCUAUCAAAAGUCAUCCACUGGAGUGGGCUCUGGACGAGGAGUCUCCGGAUCAGCAGAAAUCACGUGCCGAUAACAGUAUUCAGGGCACUCAACUUGGAUCAAACUCUCUGUUGGAUACCAUGAACAGUGUCGCUGCCAUUGAGUAUAAGAAGGGAUAUGUGAUGCGAAAGUGCUGCUAUGAUUCUAACUAUAAGAAAAGCUUUUGUGGUCUGUUUUCAGCACCAUUUGGCAAACGUUCCUGGAAGAUGUUCUACUGUACCUUAAGAGACUUGGUGUUGUACUUGCACAAGGAUGAGCAUGGCUUCAGAAAAAAUCAGAUGUCUGACAAUGUUCACAAUGCAAUCAGAAUUCACCAUGCUCUUGCCACUAAAGCGAAUGACUAUACGAAGAAGCAGCACGUGUUUCGACUGCAGACAGCUGAUCAGUCUGAGUAUCUGUUUCAGACCAGCGAUUCCAAGGAGCUGCAAUCCUGGAUUGACACAAUCAAUUGUGUGUGUGCCUCAUUCUCAGCACCACCACUCGAGGGUGGUGUUGGUAGCCAAAAACGCUUUCAACGGCCAUUGUUACCAAGUAACCAUACGAAAUUACUCUUGCGAGAGCAAUUGAUGUCACAUGAUAACAAGAUUAUUCAGUUGGAGAAUGAAAUAGAGGAGCAUCGACGUGGUCCUGUGCCAACAAAGGGUCUCCCACUGCAAAACUACAAGGAGAAAGAGUGCUUCCUGCAAUAUGAGCUGAAGAGAUACAAGACCUAUUCGGAGAUACUGAGCACGAGAAUGUUGUCGGGUGAGCAUGAGAUGCAGAACAGUCUGUCACAGCAGCAACAGCCGGCAAACCUGAUGCAGGACGAGAGCAUUUCCAAUUCCUACCAUCACUCCAUACUGCCCAAUGCCAGCUUCCAGGCCAAUGCGGCCGCUGGGGCGAACUUGGCCAAUGCCGCUGGGAACAUCCCGCAGCAGCAGCAACAGCAGCCAAAUCCCAUGCAGCCACAACCGGCGACUAACAGGAAGGAGAACAAAUAUAAAACUUAGAGAGAGACUUGUGUAAAGAUAAUACUAUAACAAUAGGAUAUAACGUGGAUAUUUCCUUGAACAAAAAAAAACUGAUUGAAAGUGUAUUUUAUUAUUUAAAUAAUAUAUAAAUGUGAGAUAUAUAUAAUAAUAUACUUUAAAUGUAUAAAAUACUAAUUUUUCUAACGAGAAACACUUGAGAGAGAAAUUUUUUCUUCAGUUUGCGUCGCAUUAACAGAAGAAAAAAAAUGAAGAAAAGAAAACUGAUUAAUACUUCUUUAUUAUGGCUCUCAUUUUCCUUGCCCACAUUUACACACACACACACGCAUAAUUAUUUUUAUCAAAGUCUGUAAUUUUAAUCAGAACUUUUUACCGCCUUUUUUGUCAUUAUUUAAAUUAUUUUUCGCGUGGUAAAAUUUUCCACAACGUCAUCUUGAGAAUAAGAUCUUUUUCUUCUUUUCGAACAGAUGAAUGGCAUUUAUAUUUUACUGUAGCAUCACGACAAGAAAAAAACACGAGAAUUGGAAUUUAUAUUCUAUAUAUUAUUCAGUGAUAUUAGUUGAUAAAAGUUUCGAACAAUUUCUCAUUGAAAAGUGUGUCAAUUGGGAGGUUUAAAAAGAAAAAAAUUGAUGGAAACAAUUCGCCAAAAUUGAAUUUUUUGCGUUGCAAUUUUGCAAAGUUUAUCGCGUAAGAAAAAAGAAAAACAAAUUUUCCUAUUGAAAGAGAAAAGAAAACAAGAAAAAAUGUAUGAGAAAAGAAAUCCUGCGUAUACAAUGUAAGGAGAGUUUUUGCGGUUUUUUGUAUAAUCUUAAAAUGAAGUGAAGAAUUUGCGCUAAAAUUAAGAGGUCCAUUGAGUGGCCGAUGGAAGCGUUUUAAUACUGAUAUCGUAUGAUACUAGCUUUUAUGAAAUUCCUACUAUAUAUGAAUUUCUAUUUAACAAUAAGGAUACAAUUGUGAGAUAUUUCCCCCUUUCCUUCAUGUUUCAUUCACAUGUUUUACAAAGUGCUUCUCCUCUUUUGGACCAGAGUUUAUUAAUAAUUCUUUUUUUUGUCAUUUGUAUAGUGAAUUUGAACAGUUGUAACAAGUUGUAAAAGAGUGAUUUACGGACGUGGCGAAGAGUUAUAUAACAUUUAAUUGUAUAAUCUUUAAUUUUUUACAUGCUGCUAACGUGUCUAAUUGAUUUCUUGAUUUUUUUGGAAAGUUACAAUAUUAUUAUAUCAAUUGCUAUCAGUUCGUUUGAUAACAUAAACCAUUCAAUUCCAUGCAUUAGUAGAUGGAGAGAAGAGGAUAUUGAGACAUAUUACACACAAUGCAGCUCUAAAUUGUUUUCCUGUAAAGAUUUAUUAGGGUGAUAUAUAAAAUGAAAGAAAAAUUCCGAGAAAAUAUUUUAUCAAAAAUUAUCAUAUGGAAUUAAUAAAUGGAAAAGAAUGAAAGUUUACACCAAA